AUGGAAUUUACUUUCAACUCAGAACAUUUUAUAAGACAUCAAGUCUCAAAUUUGUAUCCCUCUCCUCAAGAAUUUUUAGAAUCUGUUUAUGAAUUAGUGGACCUUCCUCAAAAAGUAAUGAAUUCCUCUUCAAAUUCUUUUCAAGAAUUAAUAGACUCCCCUCAAGAAACAUUAUGUGAUGAAACAUGUGAUGAAAUGCAUGAUGAAAUGUGUGAUGAAAUGUGUGAUAAAACGUAUAAUGGAACAUAUGAUGAAGUGCAUGAUGAAACAUAUGAUGGAGUGCAUGAUGAAACACAUGAUGAAGUGCAUGAAACCCAUAAAGGACAAGAUUUGGUUGGAAUUAAUGGCGCAUUACCUCACAUUAACAAAGCAAUCGUAUUUACCAUUGAUGAUACUUUUCCUAACUGGUCAAUUGCAGAACAUUAUAUUGCUGAAUAUGGCCGUCAAAAAGGAUUUGUACCAAUUAAGAUACAUAAUAAAACUGAUCGUAAUGGACGUUUAAUAAACCUGUAUUAUAAGUGUGAAUUUAGUGGAACAUAUCAACCAAAGAAAACUAAUAACUUACAAAAUCAACAUAAUAAAGGUUCUAAAAAACUUAACUGUGAUUGGAAAGCUAAUCUGUCGUUUGCAACUGGUGUGGUUCAAAUUACUAGUUUUAAUGAUAACCAUGUUGAGCAUCAACUUUCACCAGAUACCAAAAUUUUUGCUCUUGUAAAUCGUCGAUUCUCUGAUGAUUGUUGCGAAGAAAUUCACCAUUUAACAGUAAAUGGAAGUGAAGCAUCACAGCUUUUAAAACAACUUUAUAAAUACAGAGAAAAGGAUCCUAAUUGGUAUAUUGAACCCUUAGUUGACUCUAUUAUUCAAGACAAUAUGGCACAAACAAACUAUUAUAAUUUUCCUUUGUGCCUUUUUGUUUUAAUUGAUAAUCAUAACAAAACACAAAUCGCAGCACAGGCUUUAAUGCCUGAUGAAACUAUUGAAUCUUUUUAUUGGGUUAUGGGGCAAUUAAAAAAAGCUACUGGAAUUUUGCCAAGAAUUUUAAUGAUGGAUAAAGAUCUUUUCAUAAAAUAUGUUGUAGCUCAUGAUCUUCCGAAUACCAAACAUUUAUUUUGUUUGUAUCAUUUAAGUCAAAAUCUUUUAAAAAAUCUUCGAUGUAAGCUUGGCAUGCAGUAUACAGAUUUUAUUAAAGAUUUUUAUUUGACGUGUAAUAGUUUAAGUAAAAGUGUAUUUGAGGCUAGAUUUACAAAUUUUUUGAAUAAUUAUCUGGCUGCAUCUUCAUAUCUACAAAAGCUAUUUUUAAUUGAAGGACUUAAUAAUCAUAUCAAAACUGCUAUAAAUAGUUCAUCAACUUUAUUACAAUCUCAGGACCGAAUUAAUUAUAAUGAUAAUCUUGUUUUACAGACUGUUUUUCCACAAGUCAUUCAACAAAUAAAUAAGUAUUUAACACCAAAUUUAGCAACUAAGCAACAAAAGCAGAUAGUUCAAUUAACUAUCUACCGGGCUUAA